AUGGGGAAGCUCGAGGAUAACGAGAGGGUGAUCCUCAACGUCGGGGGCACCAGGCAUGAAACCUACCGAAGCACCCUGAAGACCCUGCCGGGCACCCGCCUGGCUCUGCUCGCCUGCCAGUCGCAGGGCGAGUCCCCUGGCGGCGGCGGAGAGGAACCGCCGCCGCCGCUGCCCGCCCCGCUGCCGCCGCUGCCCGCCCCCAACCCGGGCCCCGCCGCCGGAGCCAACCCCGGCGGCGGCCUGCUGGACGGCGUGGGCGGGAGCGGCUGGAGCCCGCGCGGCGAUGGCGGCGCCUGCUGCGAGUUCUUCUUCGACCGGCACCCGGGUGUCUUCGCCUACGUGCUCAACUACUACCGCACCGGCAAGCUGCACUGCCCCGCCGACGUGUGCGGGCCGCUCUUCGAGGAGGAGCUGGCCUUCUGGGGCAUCGACGAGACCGACGUGGAGCCCUGCUGCUGGAUGACCUACAGGCAGCACCGCGACGCCGAGGAGGCACUCGACAUCUUCGAGGCGCCCGACCUCAUCACCGGCGAGCCGCCCGCCGACCCCGACGACGACGAGAUGGCCGCCAAGCGCCUGGGCAUCGAGGACGUGGGCGCGGUGGGCGCCUCCGCCUCGUCCUCUGCCAACGGCUCCCCCCUCGACGGCCACGGCGGGCGGUGGAAGAGGCUGCAGCCGCGCAUGUGGGCGCUGUUCGAGGACCCCUACUCUUCCCGCGCCGCCAGGUUCAUUGCUUUUGCCUCUUUAUUCUUCAUCCUCCUUUCGAUCACAACCUUUUGCUUGGAAACCCAUGAAGCAUUCAAUACCAUCAUAAAUAAAACAGACCCCACUAUCAACGGCACUGAGGUGGUUCUGCAGUAUGAAAUUGAAACAGAUCCUGCUCUGACAUAUGUUGAAGGAGUCUGUGUGGUGUGGUUUACGUUUGAAUUUUUAGUCCGUGUUGUGUUUUCACCUAACAAAAUUGAAUUCAUCAAAAACCUCUUGAAUAUCAUUGACUUUGUGGCAAUCUUGCCCUUCUAUCUAGAAGUGGGCCUCAGUGGGCUCUCUUCUAAAGCUGCUAAAGAUGUGCUUGGUUUCCUCAGGGUGGUGAGGUUUGUGAGAAUCCUGCGAAUCUUCAAGCUCACCCGACAUUUUGUAGGCCUCAGGGUGCUUGGUCACACAUUACGAGCAAGCACCAAUGAAUUUUUGCUGCUGAUAAUAUUUUUGGCAUUAGGAGUAUUGAUAUUUGCCACCAUGAUCUACUAUGCGGAGCGAAUAGGAGCCAAACCCAAUGACCCAUCAGCUAGUGAACAUACAGAGUUUAAAAAUAUCCCCAUUGGUUUCUGGUGGGCAGUGGUCACUAUGACCACUCUUGGGUAUGGAGACAUGUAUCCAAAGACAUGGUCAGGUAUGCUAGUGGGUGCUCUCUGUGCUUUGGCUGGGGUGCUGACCAUAGCUAUGCCUGUGCCUGUUAUUGUCAACAAUUUUGGAAUGUACUAUUCUCUGGCCAUGGCAAAGCAGAAGCUGCCAAGAAAGAGAAAGAAGCACAUCCCACCUGCACCUCAGGCAAGUUCCCCUACAUUUUGCAAGACAGACUUGAAUAUGGCCUGCAAUAGCACCCAGGGGGAAAUCUGCCUGGGCAAAGAUAACCGACUGAUGGAACACAAUAAAUCAGUGUUAUCAGGUGAAGACAGUACAGAAAGUGAGCAACCACUCUCACCUGUGGAAAGGCUCCCACCGAUGAGACGCUCUAGUACCAGAGACAAAAACAGAAGAGGGGGAACAUGUUUCCUACUGACAGCAGGUGAUUACGCGUGUUCUACUGAUGGAGGGAUCAGGAAAGGAUAUGAAAAGUCUCGAAGUUUAAACAACAUAGCUGGCAUGGCAGGCAAUGCUCUGAGACUGUCUCCAGUAACAUCACCCUACAGUUCACCUUGUCCUCUAAGACGUACUCGAUCUCCCAUCCCAUCUAUCUUGUAA